GUCACAGUGAAGUGCUGAUCGUUGUAGUGCACGGACCAGACGUGAAGUAGACGAUGGGAAAGUUCGAACUGGAGACAGCGCCUCCGAGCGCCGAGUUGCUAGAGGUUGCAAAGCAGGAGCUCCGUGAGACGCCAGAAGUCCGUGCGGCUGCCGUCGAGGAGCUGCGCAAGCUACUGCAGGCGGCAACAGACCUCAACUAUCCGGAAGAUGAGGACUUCCUGGUUAUUUUUCUUCGUCCAACAAAGUUCUAUGCCGAAAGCGCCCUCAAGCUGAUGCGCAACAUCGCGGAAUUCAACAAGACGUACAAGGAGGCGCUAUUCAACCUGCUGCCAAGCGAUGUAGAGAACGUGUUCAUUGAUCACAAUAUCAUCAACGUACUGACGAACCGGGACCAGAAAGGUCGCCGUAUGAUGAUCGUGAAUAUGGGCGAGACCUGGGAUCCUAAGACAGUCUCUGAAGAGCAGGUCUUCCGUGUCCUGUACACCAUCCACAAGCUGGCCAUGCUCGAGCCAGCCACUCAGAUCAACGGUGUCGUGGUGAUCUACGACUUCAAGGGCAUGGGUAUGAAGCACGUUAGAUCGAUGUCUCCAAGUGGUGCCAAACGCCUGCUGACCUUCAUCCAGGAGGCGAGCCCAUUACGCGUGAAAGGCAUCCAUUUCAUCAACCAGCCGAUGAUCUUCAGCAUGGUGUGGUCACUGUUCAAACCCUUCGUCAAGGAGAAGCUGAACAAACGCAUGUUCUUCCACGGUGACAAGCUGUCCAAGCUGCACGAGCACGUCGACAAGGAGUGUCUGCCGUCCAACUACGGAGGAAGCCUGCCCGCGCUGGACUAUGGCGGCAAGGAAUGGUAUCCGGUGGCAGAACAACACCUCGACUUCAUCAAGAAGUUCAACUCAUGUGGAUUCAAAUGAGCCACUGACUAACGUCCAACAACUCCAGGAAAGCAGGCGCGUCUUUAUCAUACCCAGAAGGUCUCGCUUGUCUCCGAAACCCGAACACCACAGAGCUCCCUUGACCGUGACCAGCAAGAGGUCGCCACCAAGCCGUUCCUAUACCCAAUCCAUUAUCAAUUCGGUCGCAGGGCGCCGAACUCUGUUCGCUUAUCAUGCAUCUCGUGGGCAAUAUGGCUACUAACUCGUGUGUGUUAUUUUUAGUUUCAAACGUUCGCCUGUUGUCGUUUUGGGAUGCAACAAGUGUUCGUCGUGGUGGAACAAGCGUGUUUCGAUACAGUGGCCCGAAUCCCGAACGAAAACUCGAUUAUUACAUACUGCCCUGCGAUUCCGGCUUCAUUCUUUUCGUUGUGUAUUUGUUAUCAAUUGUUACAAGCGCAUAAAUAAACAAACAUUUUA